AUGUCGGCGUCUCGUGCCCAGCAGCCGGCAGCUCAACCCUCUUUACAAAACUGGCUGCCCAUGGCAAUCGACCAUGACAGCAGCGAUUCCUUUUCACACAGUCUCAUUCGGCAAUUCGAUAAAAGACGAACGCGUUUGCAUGCUGAAAUGGAGCAGUUGGGUUAUCGACAUAGCAUUUGCUUCCAACCCCAUACGAUCAGCAGCGAUAGUCUUUACGAUAGCAGUAGCAUAAGCAAUGGCAGUAUCAACAGCGAAGACGAGCAGCGGCAUGAUGCGAAUAAUCAACAACAUGUGGAACCAUCUUCAACGACAACAGCACCUACGCCACUCGCACGAACAAUGCCAACACCCUUUAAUUAUGCUCCAAUACAUCGAAGUGUAACUGAACCACGACGACGAUGCGCACGUAAUCUUCUUCGACGGUCAUCAGCUUAUUUGCGUGCCAAGUUCAAAACAGCCAUAUGUGAUGAAGAUGACAACAAUCAUCGAGACGCCAACAACACUACUAUUCCUUUUAGCAAGGGGCAGCAGCAGGAUCACUUUUACGCCACCAUCCAGCCUCCUCCCCCUGUCGUUACCCAAUACCCUCCUAAACCGCUAAAGUAUUCUCCUGUUGAGCCGAUAGAAGAUGAUAUCCUCGGCAACAAUUAUCCCACACGCAAAUGGUUUCCUCUAAAGAUGAAUCGAUCUUGA